CCGGCCUCUUAAGAAUUUGGUCCGGGGUGUGGUUGUGACCAAAUUGUUUCCUCUACUGCAUUCAAUUAUAGCUUAAACUGUACAGCAACUUCUGGUCCCAAGCAAAAAAAUUUUCCCAAGUGAUCCUGAAAAUUCAACUAUGUAUUAAUUCAUCUAUGAAUUCAACAUACAUUUGUUGCUGAGGAAAUAAGCCAAGAAACUGAGUGCAGGAACUGCGAGAUGCGACCGAAGUUGUGCGUUCUGGUGCUGGGGCUCUUUGUCGUCAUGGCUUCUUGGCAUUACACAGAGCUUGGAAGUCCGGCCAGGAUUUCUAAUAUUACUGAACAGGAACUGUCUGGUGUGUCGGAUAUUGCGGGAAAAUAUUCUGGCAUUGCAGAAAUCUCAGAAAAACACACAAGUUCUUGGGAAAAUAGAAAUAAACUUUCUGAUUUAAUUGUAAAUCCAUCGACAGAAUAUAAAUUUCCUAACGUGAACAGCCUGCGAAGUUAUGUCUCAGAUAAAAAUAUCACAGAAAAUUAUGGCCCAAUAUUAAUUAACACGAAUAUUUUUAGCCAUGACCAUCAUAACCCUGAAGAUCACAGCCAUGACAGUUAUGACCGCACAGGUUAUGGCCCUGACACACUGAGCCAUGACAGUUACAAGUACCCAGGCGUCAGCUGGUCCAGUUGGCCCAGCUUUGGCCGCUCCGUGUCCGACAUAAAAAAAAUCCCCGACAUGUGUGAAGAAAUAGCGCAGUCGGUGACCCUGAUGGCCGACACUUUCAUGGACUCCGUCAGAGGGGAGAAAAAUAUAAAAAAAAUCCUAAAUAGACCGCCGGAUCCCCUAAAUCCAGAGGAAUAUGAUGCAUGGGGGGAUGAUCUAAUCCGAUAUUUGUCUUGGAAUAUUAGCCCUUUGGAGCUGCCGUCCAAGAAGAGCUUGGUUUCGAUGGGAAUAACCCUGAUGUGUGAAGAGUUUCUGAGGGACCGUGCUUUCGAGCGACGUUCAAGUAAUGAACACCAGGCCCCUGGAAUUGCUGAACACAUCAAUGCGGGCAACUUAUAUUUUCCGGCAGCUUUGGAUCGUAAGGACGGUUCCGGACACGAUUCGUGGUCUUCGUCAGUGUCUGAUAAGAAAGAAAACAGUGGUGUAAAUAACAAGAAACAAUAUGGCAACGCUGAAUUUAUGGCUGAUUUAAAGAGGCUAUUACGACAUUUCGGUAGUGGCUUAUUAGAUAAUCCAGGUGUCACUCAAGAUGGCGGCUUGAACUCCACGAAGUCUUUUGUCUUAGAGAAACAAUAUAACCAUCAUACGCGAAGGUCAAGAUCAGCAGACUAUCAUGGGCAUCAGGAUAACACUUAUUUCUCGCACAUCUACCCUUACUCUGACACAGAAGGACUCCAAUACCUGCAAAGCCAAGAACCAGAAGUCCAUUACAAGCAUCCGGAACCCGUCUACAUCUAUGACGAAGCCACAGUAAAACCGGGCAAGUACGUCGAAGUUUACCCAGGCGCUUACCAGCAGGAGUAUCACUACUCGAAACUUCCCAGAAGCUACUGGCUUUUCCAUCUCUUUAAGGCACUCUUCGGCAUCUGGGAACUUUUGCAGACUUUGGCCAUUCUGUACCUGCUUUGGAAAGUGGCAGUUUUGACGGUUUUGCCGCGCGAGACAGAGCCUGGUUUGUGGGGAACUUUGGAGUACUUGAUGGAGUACUUAGGAGUCCCGACCACGUUUGCUGGCCUCGCAAGUCAAGAAAACGUUACCCAUAAUCUACGUAACUCAGAUUCUGAAGUCCAGGCAGCGCACAAAGAUGAAGUUUUUGCAUUUGCGGUGCAACGGAAAGAAGAAAACGCAGGAAGCCUGCACCACAACGUAGUGUUUAAGAAAAACAACGACACUAGUAUCGCCAAAAAUUACACUAUCACCAAAGUAGGUUCAUCUGAUAUGAUUGAAGACAAGUCUUAUGUUUUACAAAACAAAACCAAAGAAAAUAAUGGAUUUGGUUCUUUGAGGAGAUCGAAAGACAUCAAGCACAAACGCUUGGAGCUCGAGAACUUCCUUCAGAACUUGCGCUCUCAGAGAUGGCAGCGCCUCUUGCAACCUGGGUCGCUUGCAUCCCAGCCACAGCCGAUACAGAUGGCUACACAGGCACCUGCUUCUCCACCAGCUGCAGCGCACCUGAUCAGCUGAUACAGCGGCAUCAGCUGCACCUGAUGAUGUGGAUACUGAGCACAAUUUGAAUUCAUAAUAACAGAAUUUUCGAUAUUUUACUAUGUUCGUGUUCAUAACAUCGCAUUACACUUUGCUCUGAAAACUUUCGAACCGUUAUAACGGCGUAUACAAAAUAACAGCAACAACAUAUAAAAGUAGCAGAAUUAUAACUGUGGACAAGUUAUAGAAUAGAAUAGAAGUGUCGGCGU